UCGCUCUGGUGGUAUAUACUGAUGAUUCGCUACUACUACUGAAUAUUUGGGCUGUAGGAGCGAGGCCGGGCCUGGUGUGUGGGGAUAUAUAUGGAUUAAUUCGGAGGUUAGCUCUUUUUCUUCGAGUUCAGAAUAAAAUAAAACGCCUGUCGGGCUCACAGUUCAUCCAAUCAUCGACGCCUUAUGCUUCACCUGCCAGCUUACCCUGUAUCUCAUCCUUAUGUUCUGAGGGACCUCAAGGGAAUUCUGAUUUGCCAAUUGUUGAUAUUUUGCCCACGCAGAAUUCAUGAUACUUUAGCAUCAAUCACGACAUUCUCCGUUUUGCAGAAGGCAGCGUCCAAAGCAUUAUAGAUUGCAUAGAUUGGAAGAUGCUGCAGCCUCAUGUAAACACACUUCUGGUUUGGGACUACCCUCAAAAUGCAUGAAAAAAACAAAUACAGGGCUCAUACUAGCGGUAUCCUUUUCCGUUAUUUUUCAAAAGUUAAAAUUGAACCACGGAUUUUUCGCGAUUUCCUCUUUUAGCCGCAUUCGGGUUUGAGGACAACUUCACCUUCAACUUUGCUGUCGCGGUUGCUGUUGCUGUUUUUCUUUUUCCCUUAUUCCUCUCCGUCCUCUCCAUCUUCUCCUAUUCCUGACGCUGGACGCCCAUCUCCCACUAGCGUCACUAUGACCGUCACUCGCUCACAGACGGGGAAAACCCCCAAGAAAAUUCAGCGUGAGGGUUUCGUAGAGACACCACGUCGUGUCACCAGAAGUCGUGCGUCCAUGACUCCCGACCUGAGUGCGGACACCGAAGUCUCCAACUCUGCAUCUUCGAGCCUAAUCCUCGUGAAUCCACUGACAUCCAAUUCAACUGCAAGGAGGCGUGCCGCCGAUAAGGAAAAAAACAGUGAUGUCGUGGAUAACCUCGUCGAUGACAAGAAGCCCGCCAAUGGACAUGUCAACGAUGCUAAUGCCAACGGGACCACCCCGAAGAACUACAAAAUCGAUGAAUCGGGCCACUUCGAGUUUGGCGGGUCUCUAGGCUGUUUAUCUAUGAUGAUUGGAUUCCCGCUGCUGAUGUACUAUAUGUGGAUUGGCGCGACAUAUUAUGGUGGACGCAUGCCAUUGCCUGAGGAAGGGCAGACUGCGAAAGAGUUUGGGCUUCAUUUGGUUAACCUCGCGUAUGAGGGCGCGUUCCCUAGCACCAAAGCGUGGAUCACAUACUGGACCUUCUUUAUCUUUGAGGGACUGUGUUAUUUGUUUCUCCCCGGCAUCUAUGUUAAUGGCCGAAAAUUGGAGCAUUUGGGCGGAAAACAAUUGCCGUAUUAUUGCUCUGCAUAUGCGUCCUUCUACACUACGAUUGCUGUUGCCGUUGGUCUGCACGUUAGUGGAUUGUACAAACUAUAUACAAUUGUUGAUGAGUUUGGCCCCUUGAUGAGCGUUGCCAUCUUGACCGGUUUCAUUGUUUCCAUCAUCGCUUAUAUCUCCGCUCGAGUUCGUGGUGCUGAGCAUCGCAUGAGUGGCUACCCCAUUUACGACUUCUUCAUGGGUGCUGAGCUCAACCCGAGAUUAUUUGGAAUCUUGGAUUUCAAAAUGUUUUUUGAGGUCCGACUUCCUUGGUAUAUUCUAUUUCUGAUUAGUUUGGGAGCUGCGGCUAGACAGUGGGAGACCUAUGGCUAUGUUUCUGGCGAGGUUGCGUUCUUAGUGAUGGCGCAUUAUUUGUACGCCAAUGCAUGCUCGAAGGGCGAAGAAUGUAUCAUAUCCACAUGGGAUAUGUACUACGAAAAAUGGGGAUUUAUGCUUAUCUUCUGGAAUCUUGCUGGUGUUCCUCUGAGUUACUGCCACUGCACCAUCUAUCUUGCGAAUCACCACCCAGAUACCUACCGAAUGAACAGAUAUUUGCUUGCCGCCUUAUUAAUUGUCUAUCUGUUUGUUUACUGGGUGUGGGACACGACCAACAGCCAGAAGAACCGUUUCCGACAGCAACGGGAGGGCGGUAUUACCUAUAGGAAGACUUUCCCACAACUACCUUGGCAAACUGUCCAAAAUCCUCGGACUAUCACGUCCAAGGAUGGCCAUACGAUUUUGGCCGAUGGGUGGUAUGGAUAUGCCCGGAAAAUCCAUUACACCUGCGAUCUCUUUUUCGCUAUGAGCUGGGGCUUGGUGACUGGAUUUAAGAGUCCUUUCCCCUGGUUCUACCCUGUCUUCUUCGCUACCAUGAUCAGCCAUCGUGCGCUUCGAGAUAUUCAACGCUGCAGGCAGAAGUACGGAGAAGCCUGGACCCAGUAUGAGAAGGAGGUCCCUUACCUCUUUAUUCCCUACGUAAUUUAAUCGACAUGGAUACAUACGUACCAUUAGUAUGCCCGUGCACGCGAGGAUACGAUACCCCAUAGACAAGAAACUGCCAGUGUGGCUUUUCAAAAGUUAUCAUUCCCAACGAAAUAACUUUUUCUCUCCUUCGAUGUAUUAAAUUUUGCGAGGACUAAUUUUUAAUGCUGCCCUUUUCCCCUUCCUUUUCGUUUUUACUUUCCCAAUGGGACGAUUCUGAGAGAUGGGCUGGCCAUCCAUAUAUCCAUUUGCUGGAGAGCAACUUUUUACAUUAAUAGAAACAAAUUCAUAGUUACUUAGUUUUGAUAACUUUACUCAUCUGUUUGAAAAUUCCAAUCUCCCCCUUAUUGCAAGGGUAUCAAGAACCCCCUACCACAAACGCAAUCUGCGCAAGAGAAAAAGAGACUCGUCAAGUAUUCCCGAAAUAAAGCACCACGAACCAAUAAAUGAAUAAAUAAACAAAUAAAAAAUAAAAUAAAAUUCACUCCCGUUUCCGUCCAUAGACGACCCUCAGCUUCGUAUAAAGGUGGGUCCCCCUAUUCCUCAAAUCGUUACCCACCGCCCACAGCAGGACAUCAAGCUCGUCUUUACUCCACCCCAACACUCGAGUGAAGAGCGCAAGCGAAUAUGACCGCAUCAUCUCCUGGACAUGGGUUGCCUGAUAGCGACCUAGUUCUUUCAAGCGUGGGUCCUGGGGCCAGGGGGAGAGAGGGACCUGGUUCGUUGUUAUUGGCCAGUUAGUCCAAGUCUUGUAUCCCCUCCCACGUCCACUCCUCC